AUGAUAACUCAAGUAACAGUAAUAGUAACUGCGGUGAAAUUAUUGUUUAUGCCGCUUUAUCGGUCAACAGAUUUUGAGGUUCACAGAAAUUGGUUAGCAAUUACCCACAAUAAGUCUAUUGAUCAGUGGUAUUUUGAAUCGACUUCAGAAUGGACUCUAGAUUAUCCUCCGUUUUUUGCCUGGUUGGAGUGUGCUUUGUCACAUGUAGCCAAAUAUUUUGACCCUGAGAUGUUGAAGAUUGAAAAUUUAUAUUAUGCCUCCGAGGUGACUGUAAUAUUUCAGAGAUUAUCUGUAAUUGUUUUAGAUCUAUUUUAUAUUUACGGAGUGAAACAGUGUUCCGACUUGCUAGACAAUGGGAAACUACUGGUAUUUAUAUUAUUGGUUGCUAAUCCUGGAUUAUUAAUGGUUGACCAUAUACAUUUUCAGUAUAAUGGAUUUUUAUAUGGACUAAUGCUUAUUUCCAUUUCACAUAUGAUUAAAGGUAAUGUUAUACAGACAGCAUUAUGGUUUGCAAUUUUAUUAAAUUUUAAGCAUAUAUAUUUGUACAUUGCACCAGUAUAUGUUGUAUUUUUACUGCGUGCCUACUGCUUUACGGUCUCUUCUAAGGAUGGUGUACAUACUCCUUGGUACUCAUUUUCAUUCACUAAUCUAACAAAGUUAGGUACUACAGUAAUUGCUGUGUUUGCUCUUUCAUUUGGACCUUUUAUUCACCAAUUACCACAGUUAUUUUCCAGGUUGUUUCCAUUCAAAAGAGGGUUGUCCCAUGCUUACUGGGCUCCAAACUUUUGGGCAUUGUAUAAUUUUGCUGAUAAAGUUUUGCUAUUUUUAUUGAAAAAAAUUGGAUUCAAAGCAUCAAGUAAUGUGGCUUCUAUGACUGGCGGUCUUGUGCAGGAGUUUGAACAUUCAGUGUUGCCAACAGUAAGACCAAGUGUCACUUUUCUAUUCACACUGAUGUCAAUGUUACCAGCGUUGAUAAAACUAUGGCACCUUGGGGCAGAUAGGAGGUAUCGAAAUAUGAGUUUUAUAAGGUGUUUGACGGUAUGUGCAUCAUGUGCGUUCAUGUUUGGUUGGCAUGUUCAUGAAAAAGCAAUAUUGAUGGCACUAAUACCACUGAGUUUCCUCUCCGUAUUAGGUGAAGACGACGGAAAAUGCUACUUAAUACUAUCAACUGCGGGACACUAUUCGCUCUUUCCGCUGUUGUAUCCAAAAAAUCUUGGGGCAAUAAAAUUAUUUUUACUAUUGACACAUUGUGCGAUGGGAUUCGUCAACGUACCCAGAUUGUACGACGAUCCGAAGACUAAAAAGCCUAGGAGACGGGGCUUUAUGAUUUUGCCAAUGUUGAAUUGGUACGAAUCGUUAUAUUUGUAUGGUUUCCUACUACUUUUCAUUUACGAUAUAUUGCAUUCCUCUUUAGGGUUUGAUAAAAGAUUUCCCUUUUUACCACUAAUGAUAACCUCGUUGUAUUGCUCGGUCGGAGUUAUAUAUUCUUGGCUGACUUAUUAUUAUUAUUUUUUAACGUUUAACGUAAGCCGAGUUCCUACUUUAUUAACCGCAAGGACUUUACGGUAUCACAGGAAAGGUAAAUAA